AUGGAAUGUCAAGUAUGUGGAGCUCCUGAUGAGACCAUUAUGCGUGCACUCUUUGACUGCAAGCACACACAGGUGAUUUGGGAGAGCAGUGAGUUUGCAGACUCUCUAAGGGAGGCACCUAUUUCAUCGUUUGCUGACAUGUUUGUGUGGGUAGUUGGUAAACUGUCAAAAGAGAAGCUACGCCUAUUUGCUACUCUUGUGUGGGCUUGUUGGUGCUAUCGCAAUAAGGCAGUGUUUGAAGAAGGGGAGAUCGAACCAGUGCAGGUGGCUACGGGGUUCGCUAGACUGGUGAAUGUUAUCAAGCAGUACAAUGAGAGGGUGGCACCGCAUACAAAUGGCUCUGUAGUUGCAUCAGCUUGCAGUUGGAGUCCACCGCCACAAGGUACUGUCAAGAUAAAUAUAGACGCCCAUCUAUACAGUACUGGUGUUGGAGUGGGGGUGGUGAUUAGGGACUAUAGGGGAGUGGUACUAGUUGCUGCAGUGAAGCGGACUGAUGCAGCUUGGUCCCCUAAUGUGGCAGAAGCUUCUAUUGCUUUGUAUGGGGUUGCUCUGGCAAAAAGGUUGGGAUAUGAGAAGGUGAUGUUGGAAUGUGAUGCCAUAAACAUUGUACGAACAAUUGAUAAGAACGAAGAAGGUGCACCACCGAUUUUCCUAUUUUUUAAUGACAUUAGAAGAGUCAAGUCUCAGUUCAGUUUCUUUAAGUGUGUCCAUGUACGGAGAGGGGGUAACACGGCUGCCCAUCUAGUAGCACGAUGGGAAGUUAAUGUUAGCUUGGAACGCAUAUAUAUGGGUUACUUCCCCCAAAAUUUAACCACUUUGACGAAACUUAAUUUACUCUCAUAUAUUUUGCCGGCUUUUUCAAACGAGAAAAAAUGCAAUAGAGCUUCCCUAACAAAAAUAAAAAUCUUGCAUUAUCAAUCCCCAAUUUCCGAUUCACAAUCCCUUAAACCCUAA